CCGGGCUGAAGGGGCUACUCGAGGCGCUCUGCUCUCCGGGAAAUUAGCCGAGUCAGUCUCCGUGCGGACUUUGCCACCAUACAAUAUCAGGCCUGCAGCUAUGGAUGGAUUUUUAAAAUCCGAUGAGAGACAAAGAUUAGCUAAAGAGAGACGAGAAGAAAGAGAAAAAUGUCUGGCUGCCCGGGAGCAGCAGAUCCUAGAGAAAGAGAAAAGAGCCAAGAUCCAAUAUGAAAAGCAAAUUGAGGAGCGAUGGCGAAAGAUGGAGGAACAAAGGCAGCGUGAGGACCAGAAGAGAGCUGCUGUGGAAGAGAAGAGGAAGCAGAAGCUCCGGGAGGAGGAGGAGCGGCUGGAGGCAAUGAUGCGGCGGUCCAUGGAACGCACCCAGCAGCUGGAGCUGAAGAAGAAGAGUUCGUGGGGAACAUCAUUGGCCUCAGGGAACGGAGGACGUGAUUCAUGUGACAAACUUUCAACAUCAACCAUGAAUUUGCCAAAGCAGACGGAGCCUCCCAUGAGUAAACGCCUGUCUUCAUCCACCGUGGCAAUAUCCUAUUCCCCAGACCGAGCUCGUCGCACUCACCUUAGUCCUAUGGAAAACUUUCUUGUUAUGCGACUGUUGACACCCACACAGGCUUCUUUAGCCAGAAGCAGAAGUGCAUUCAUGUUCUCUGAGCAGGCCAGAGAUGCAGUUUUCCAUGCUUGCCCUCGUAUAGCUCCUGCUAGCCCUCUUAGAUCUGCAUACAAAUCUUCUCCUACCCGAACCAUGGAGAGGAAGAAGGCUGCAUCUGCUUCUGGCGCGGGAGAGGCUGGGAAGGAUGCUCAGGCAGGAGCGGAAGCAUCUUCUAUGGAGAAGGUGAAGAAAGGACAACGAGGUACGGCUUCUGCUCCACCUGGGGGCCUUGGGUCCCCACUGAAACGACACGAGCUUUCCGGAGAUACUCCUAAGAGGGCAUCCUCUCCUGUAGCAUCCAAGACAACUUCAAAAGCAUAUCCGCAGUCUCCAAAGACAGUGAAGCCACCGUACGCAGGGUCUCCUGUGAAAUAUCGCUACUCCCCUGUUCCUAGCCAAGAAACACUCAAGAAGAAAGCAGAUAAAGAGAAGAGCAACAAGGAAAGGGAAGGUACCUCUAUCCAGUUGGCCAGUGGCAUGUACAGAGAGGAAACUCCAGAGAAGUAUGUGGCCAACAAGGGUGCCACCAAGAAGCCCGUGGCUGACAAGGGUGCCACCAAGAAGCAUGUGGCCAACAAGGGUGCCAUCGAAAAACAUGUUGCUGACAAGGGUGCCACUGAGAAGCCCCUGGAUGACAAGCAUGCCACUGAGAAACAAGUGGCCAACAAAGAGGCCACUGAGAAGCAUGUGGCUGACAAGGAGGCCACUGAGAAGCCCAAGAUUGACAAGGAUGCCACUGAGAAGCAUGCGCUUGACAGGGAUGCCACUGAGAAGCAUGUGGUCGACAAGAGUGCCACUGAGAAGCAUCUGGAUGACAAGAAUGCCACUGAGAAGCACGUGGCUGACAAGAAUGCCACUGAGAACCAAGUGGCCAACAAGGAUGCCACUGAGAAACAUGUGGCUGAAAGGGAUGUCACUGAAAAGCACGUGGCUGACAAGGAUGCCACUGAGAAACACCUGACCGACAGGGAUGCCACUGAAAAGCAUGUAGCUGACACAGAUGCCACCAAGAAGCAUGUGGCUGACAAACCUGCCAUUGAAAAGCAUGUGAUGGAUAAGAGUGCCACUGAGAAGCACAUGGCAGACAAGCGUGCCACCGAGAAGCAUGUGGCCGACAAGCGUGGCACAGAGAAGCAUGCUACUGCAGGAGGGAAGGCUGAGAGCAGUGCAGUCUCGGGGAAGCCUACAGCAGGCACCACUGAUGCGGGAGAGGCUGCAAAGAUCCUGGCUGAAAAGAGACGUCAGGCUCGGCUGCAGAAGGAACAGGAGGAGCAAGAGCGAUUGGAGAAGGAACAACAAGAGAGGCUGGAGAGAGAGGAGUUGAAAAGAAAGGCAGAGGAGGAGAGACUGCGCCAAGAAGCAGCAGCUCGUAAGCAAGAAGAGGCAAAGAAGCAGCAGGAAGAGGAAGAGAAAAGAAAGGCAGAGAUAGAGGCCAAACAGAAGGCUAAGGAGGAGCUGUUGUUGAAAGAGAAGCAAGAAAAAGAAGAGCAAGAGAAAGCCUUGAUUGUAAAGCAGAAAGAAGCAGCAGAAGCAAAGGCCCAGGAGGCAGUUAAACAGAUGCGUCUAGAAAGAGAACAGAUCAUGCUGCAGAUCGAGCAGGAACGGCUAGAAAGGAAGAAGAGAAUAGAUGAAAUCAUGAAGAGAACAAGGAAGAGUGAUGUGCCUCCAGAAGUAAAGAAAGAGGAAUCUCCCAAAGUAGAGAUUCAGCCUGGUACGUGUGUGGAAAAUAAGACAAAAUCAAUUGUGCCCAAUAAAAUAGAAAUCAAUGGGUUAAACACCUGCCAGGAAGUUAAUGGUGUGGGACCCACUGGCCCAGAAGCUUUUCCUCGAGACAUUUUCUCUAAUGGGUUUAAACCAGUCAGGGGGCUUGUUCAUUUGGAUGCCCUUGAUGGGAAAUCAAACAGUUUGGAUGACUCCACUGAAGAAGUUCAGUCUAUGGAUGUAAGCCCUGUUUCCAAAGAAGAACUUAUCUCCAUCCCAGAAUUUUCACCAGUGAGUGAAAUGAUUCCUGGUAUGUCUCUGGACCAAAAUGGAACUGGCAAUGCCCGCGCACUUCAAGAUAUCUUAGAUUUCACUGGCCCUCCAGCAUUCACCAAGAAAUCCAGUGAAAACCUCAGCCUGGAUGACUGUAACAAAAACCUUAUUGAAGGAUUUAACAGCCCUGGCCAAGAAACUACUCUGAAUACCUUCUGUUGACAAAACAACGACCUUUUAAUGAAAGGUGGAGUUUGGAGCACCCCGGACACUGCUGGGAGUCCAAUCUGAGCUGCUGGCCACCUGAUGGAGCUUCUGUAGCCGCAUUCCAAAAAUAUUAGAUUGGAAUGUAACUAUAUUCCUAGGUAGUAUGUCAAACACUGGCCUCUUGGUAGAAACCUCCAGACUUUGGCCUUACUGGGCUUUAGUGAAGUUACAUUCUACAGUUCUAGUUCUGAGCUUCUGCUGCUGCUAGAGCAUUUCCUUUCUUUCUCUAGUUUCAUGGUGAGCCUGUCAACCUGAGUGAUGCUGGCUCAGAACUUCACCCAUGACCGCUCUCAUUCUCAGAGUUGGAGCACAAAAACAUUUAGAUAUCUCUUCCUAUUAAAUACUCUCUACAUGACCAGAACUCUGGUUAAACAUGUACUUGACUUGAGCUGUGUAUCUCCCUGUCUUGGUUUAGAUGGAGAAGAAAUUCAGCAGUUUCUCUCACUCUAGGGUUUCUCUGUUGGAAAGUAAUGUCAGGAAAUCCUUUUAUUGUUAUUAUUAUUAUUAUUAUUAAGCUUUGCCACCUGCAAAUGCAUUAACCACAUUACUGUUUUGGGGGUUGGGGGUUAAAGUUGUAAGUUUGGUUGGACAAGGAAGAACUAAACAAUGAGUAAUGAUUUCUUUUCUCUUACUCAUAUUUUUAUGUCCCUGAGCAACUCAAUCUAGCCAGGACAUUUUCUUGUCAUACCUUAACAAUCUCCACAAGUGGCCUUCCAACUGAAGGAGUUAUGUAUCUCACAUGCAGGUGGUUGAUUUUCAUGGUUUUGCUAUUUUUUUUGCUAUUAGAUCUUGGGGGUUUUCUUUCUUUGAUUAUUCCUGUGCUUUCUCAACUGUCAUAAAAGUCACAGUGCUCUGAAACAAGGAGGCCUCAAAUUGGUCCUGGCACAUCUUUUUAACAGACUUUAACAUUAAAAAAAAUCUGGGAAGAAUGCCACUAGAAUGAAAAUUCCAUGCAUUUUAUUCCAUAUAUUGCUGUUUCCUUAAAUUAAUUUCUUGCGUUAAAUGUGGCUUUCAAAUCAAAAUGACCUUUUCUUGUUUGAGACAUUUGUUUUAACUUAUACCAUAAAGGAUUUGGAAAGAAAGGUUGACCACCAGGAAAUAUAAAGAAGUUUCAGUAGUAAUCUUGUCCACUCGCUUUUAAAGCCAGCUACAGUUUAAGACUUUAUUAGCUAUGGAAACUGUAUGUUUGUGUAUGUGUAUAUACUAAAUAAAAUACAUGCCUCUAAAAAUGUAGUGUAAUUGAUCUUGAUGAGUACUGGGGAAUCCCUUUUCUGACAAGCACACCGAAAAUGAUAGCAUGGUCUGAUUUGUGAAAAUGCCUGGCCAUCUUUGUUGCGGCUUUCUUUGGCUAGAUGUCUGUUUUGCUGUGAUCUGUUACAUCUCAUAGUGUCAUUGUGACUGUGGUGAUGCCUCAUUUCAAAUGCAUGAUGUGUGCAUUCUGUUCAGUGUGAAAUACAUUUUCAUUGAAGAGUC